AUUAUGAUCAUACCGACAGUUCGAAGCAGACUGUCGAUGAGUAAACAACAGAGAAAUCUUUAGUGAUUUCUUUUAAACAAAUUCAAUAUAAACUACAAAUUUAAAAACAUGGCUAAAAGCUUAACAAAUCCUCUAAAAAGUGCUUUGAGGAGUCACAUGAAGAAAGAAGUUCUUAAAUCUAUUACACCCGAAUCGAGAGCCAGACAAUCAAAGGCCAUAGCCGAAAAGGUUUUACAAACAGAGGCAUUUCGUUCGGCUCAGCGUGUUAGUAUUUAUUUGAGUACUUCAAUGGAGGUGGACACCAGUGAAUUGUUAAGUGAAUGUUUUCGUUUGGAGAAGCAUGUCUUUGUGCCCACAUACGAGGGCAAUCAAAUGGAAAUGGUGCGUUUAAAAGAUUUGCAGGAUUAUGAGACAUUGCCCUUGACCAAGUGGCAUAUUAAGCAGCCGAAUGUUAAGGAUGGUAGGGAAAAUGCUCUGACAAAUGGACAUGGCAUUGAUUUAUUUCUAAUACCCGGUGUGGCAUUUACCUUAAGCGGUGGUCGCAUGGGUCAUGGCAUGGGCUACUAUGAUAAAUAUUUAAAAAGACACAUGACCACUUAUCCAAAUAAUAAAACAACUUUGAUGGCUCUAGCAUUCCGGGAACAGAUUGUCGAUGAAGAAUCAUUACCCUUAGAUGCACAUGAUGUUAGAUUGCAUACAAUAAUAACUGAAUGAAAAUUGAAAAAAUAAAAAACAAUUAGCACAUUGUAUAAAUAAUAAAAAAAAUUUAAUGCAAUGAGGAAAUUUGAAAUAAAAACCCAGACAUACGCAAAAUGCACUCUAUGCGCGAUUUAGAUGAUAAGAAGAAUUAAUAGAAAAAAAACUAAACAAAACAUUUACAUUGUAAAAAGAUAAUUUUAAAUAAAAUAUUGUACGUAUACGAUGA